AGAAAUGGGAAAUUGUUGCUCUAGACGAUUUUAUGAAGAGGAAAAUGGACGUCUCAAGUUUCGGCUUAUUGGUGGUAGACGAUAUCACAAUAUCUCAAAUUCAGUGUAUGCUGUUCCAAAUGAUGAUGAAGAGGCGGAACGUUUAAUAGGCGUUAAUUUGGAUCUUUAUCAUUUUAAAGCGGUGAAAACUAUUUGGGGAGGAUUAUUUAAUUCACCUAUUGAAGAGAAGUUACAACAAGGAGCUAAAGUUAUUGAUAUUGGAUGUGGAACAGGGACUUGGCUAAUUGAUAUGGCAAGACAAUACCCCAAGUCUCAUUUUACGGGCAUAGAUUUCUCUCCGAUUUUUCCAACAGAAGGUAUCCCUGGUAACUUACAAUUUAUCGAAUCCAAUCUUCUGGAUGGACUUCUGUUCGGAGACUUUCAUUUUGAUUUUGUCCAUCAAAAGUUCAUGUUUGUGGCAUUCACACAGACACAAUGGGAAGAAAAAGUUAUCCCUGAGUUGGUAAGAUUGACUCGACCAGGUGGAUGGAUAGAAAUUGUCGAAGCUGAGGCGAAUCUUACUUCCGAUGGUGAUUCUUCUAAAAGAUUUGUAAAUGCAUUCAGGGAUUUUAUGGUUUCGAAAGAAAUGAACAUUGAAAUUGAAUAUAUUCCGAGUUUUCUGGAAAAUACAGGCGAAUUUUCAGAAAUCAGAAAAGAGAAAAAACUUGUCACCUUAGGAAAAAAAGGUGGUGCAGCAGGAGAAGCGACUCUAAAUUUCUUCUUAAAAGGUAUAAGACACUUCAGGGUUUGGUUACCUGCUUUGAUGGAUAUAUCGCCUGAACAUUAUGAUUUGCUUGUCGAUGAAAUCCUUAUUGAGGCGGAAAAAGGUCAUACAUCUGUUAAUCAGUUUCGAUUUUGUGGCCAUAGAAAGUAA